UCUCUCUCUCUCUACACCGAGCUCAGCCUGUCGCAGUUCAGGGGCUCCAAUCACCUGAAAAACCUGGUCGAAAGCUCGUAGAGCCAGCGACGCGCGCGCGGUUGAGAAAUGGAGCGGCGAGCUUGCUUUCGUUUCGGUUCCAGCUUCAUUUUUGUUAGGGUUUUCAGGCGGAGUGUCGAGGGGGACUGUCGAGAUUGCGCUGCGGAAGAAGGUAUGGCGAAGUGCCAAUGUGUAGUGGAGAUGCUGCGGGGUCAAGAAGGCAUGGAGAGCGAGUAUUGAGAUCGGGAAGAAUGGAUUUUGAUGCAUGGGAUGCUUUCGUUCGGAGGUGGCGAGGCAAGAAUUGGUAGUUCGGUUUUGAUGUGCGAGCGAGCGAGCGAACGAAGAAUAAUGAACAGAGGAGGAGGAGCAGGAGCAGGCCUAGGUAGUGGGAGUGGGCCCACAGCUGCCGCAGCAGCUGCAGCUGCCCAGAAGCAGAAGACACUCUUACAAAGAGUUGAAAACGACAUUGGCAACAUUGUUGACAAUUUCAGUCAUCUUGUGAAUGUCGCCAGAGUGAAUGACCCUCCAGUCAGAAACUCACAAGAAGCUUUCAUGAUGGAGAUGCGUGCAGCAAGAAUGGUUCAAGCGGCUGAUUCACUGCUGAAAUUGGUAUCGGAGCUGACACAGACUGCCAUAUUUUCAGGAUUCGCAUCUCUAAACGACCAUGUUGAACAGAGAAUUGUUGAGUUCAACCAACAAGCCGAAAAAUCAGAUCGUACGUUGUCUAGAAUUGCGGAGGAGGCAGCCGCCAGUCUCAAAGAGCUUGAAUCUCAUUACUACUCUUCAUUGCAGAGGACGACUCAUCCCACAGAAUCUUAGUGGAAGAUGGCUGUGAUCUUGUGUAUUAAUUGUGGGGAUUAUUGUGACUUUUUACUUAUCUUGAAGCUAACAAAAGCUACGUACACUACAUGGAGCUUCUAGGGUAUUCUUUAACUUCAGCAGGGUGAUUGAGAGGCUUGCUCUUGCCGUUCCAGAGCCAUGUGAGGGGAUGAAUUUGAUUAUCUAAAUAGGGAGUAUUUGACUUUGGAAUUCGUCCAAAAAACUUGUCGAUGACUACUAAGUGCAAAUCUCUCUCAGCAAAGAGAUUAGCAGCUUGGACUUCAAGUCAUUGCGUUUCUCUCCUGUACUUCUUUUUUUGACGAAUUUGCAGCUAGCAGUUGGAUGA